UUAUCUUAAUGUCUUCCAUACUACAUAUGGUAUAAAAGAAGAAUCGACAAUCUCUAACCCAAUUAAGAGCUACGCCUUAUUCGGUGCAUCACUGCCUUCAAAACGGAACAGUGAUGACUGAUGACAACAACAACAACAUUUACGUAACCAUUUCAGUUUUCUUCUCAUCUCUUCAAACUUCACACUCAUAACUGCGUUUCGCUUUUUUUCCACCAUGCCCAACCUCACCACCAAUUAUUCAAAGAAGCCACCAAGGCCCAACCGGAUAUGCUUCUCCUUCGCCGCCUACGCCGCCGCUCUCAUGGACCGCCUCAAAUCCUCCAACAUCAUCGUCUCCGAUGGCCUCUCCGAUGCUGAAUUCUCGCAACUCGAAUCAAAAUUCAACAUCACCUUUCCGCCGGACCUCCGCGCUAUCCUCCACCACGGCCUCCCGAUCUCGCCGGGCUUCCCAAACUGGCGCUCCUCCUCCGAUCAGCAGCUCCAGAUCCUCCUCAACCUCCCAACCUCCUCCAUCCUCCGUCAGGUCUCAAAAACCGGAUUCUGGCACCCUUCCUGGGGGCCCGAGCCCAGUGACCCGACCCGGGCCACCAGCUCCGCGUGGCGCAUCUUGAACCAGGCUCCGCAGCUCAUACCUAUUUACCGGCAUUGCUACAUCCCUGCGUCGCCGAACGUAGCCGGGAAUCCCGUCUUUUACGUCGAUCACGGCGCCGAUCUUAGGUUGUUGAGUUUCGACGUGGCGGGAUUCUUCGAGAAGGCGGAAUUCAUGUCGGAGCCGGAGGGGGAACAGGAUGAGCCGGUUUGGGCGGCCAAGAGUGCGAGGAGAAUAAGGUUUUGGUCGGAGAUGGCGGAAGAGGUGGUGGAAGGGGAUAUGGCAAAGAAGUGGUGGUGGAGAAGGUUUAAAGGGGAGAUUGGAGGGUGCAUGGAAGGGGCGGUGUGGAAGCUGAGAGACGGAGGGUGGAGGGAGGAGGAGAUUCGCGACAUGAUGAUGGUUAUGGACGACGGUGGUGAUCAUGGAGAGGAAGAAGAGAAGAAGGUGAAUGUGAGGGUGAAGGACAUGGAGGAGAUGACGUGGCAGGCGAGGGUGCUGUCUUUGGUGCUUCUGCGUGCGGGUUGGAGCAGGGAAGAUGUGGUGGACUCUCUUGGUUUGAUCGGCGAUUAAGGGAUGGAAGUCGUGGUUCCAAUUCUAUCAACAGAUAUAAGAAAGCAUCACUCACAAGUCACAAGUCACAAUAACAAUGCCUUAAACAACAUUCUUUCAACUUAGUUACUCCUCCUUAUUAAUUACUACCGUUCAAUUAGUCAACCUUAGCAGCUAUUUUCUUCGUUGUUAUCCUCAUAAUCGUGAUUUUUUUUAGGGAGCACAAUAGGCUAGGCUGAUUAUCAUUUUUUGAGUGAAUAGCAAUUAAUUUGUUGUUAGUUUUUAUGGACAGAGAUAAAAGGCGAAUGAAUUCAAUUGUUGUUGAACAAGAGUGAAGCGAAUCAUAAGAAUUUGUUUUGCAUGGAACAUGACAAAUGUCUAUGUGUGGUGGUGUACUAAGCAUAAGCAGCAUUAUGUGAUAUGGUGGAUGUGCUUUCUCUUUAGAACCUCCUGGCUCCUGGACCACAUAGAGGGGGUGGCAGAUAUAUGUAUGUGUGCCGCCAUAACGUUGGGUUCUUAUUAUUUUCUUGCGGGUUUGGUGGAUAUAAGAAUUUAGAGAGAAAUAAUAAAGGAUUAAGGAGGAUGAAGUGACGGGGUUGGUGAAUGGAUGAACUGUUUUUGUACAUUUGGCCACAUAACAUGUGUUUCAACCUUGUGAUAUCAAAGAAAAUCUCAUUUGUCUUCUUUCUA